AUGGGCAUGGGGCCUCCGAUCCCGGUUGGGAUGCCGUCUGGUCGUCUAGAGGGGGAGGCAGGGGCCCCGCGGAGGGAAGGAAAGAUCCAUCAUAGGGAGACGAAGGUGCAUAGGGCUAGAAGCAGGGUUCUCAAUGAGAGGAACAUCUCCCAACCUCGACCAAAGGCGGCUCCAGGCCUGUCUGUUGAUCGAAAGUCCUCGAAUGCGCUCUUGGUUGGGGAAGAUCUUGCCAAGGCCGAACUAAGAGAUGGCCUAGGAUCAAAGGUGUUGGUCCGAGCUCACAAGAAUGAUACCGUUAAGGAUCGUGUGGGAAGCUCGGUGGCGAUCUUGAAUCCUUAUGGUACCCAGGAUAUCCAGAUUUAA